CAUACACCCUCUCCCCUCCUUCUGGGAAUUAACACACUCCCCCUAGCCAUGGCCUCUUACACAAUAUCUCCCGUUCAAAGUGAGCUUAAGAUGACCCUGUACAACAAGGAGGUGUAUGCUGGAGCGGGCAUAAACGGAGUAACGGUUAUAAACAAAGAGCCAAUGGGUACAACCUGGGUCUUUUCGUGGCCUGUAACCGAUGGGCCAGGAACCAAUGCAAAUAUCGUCGGCCAUCUGCAGGGCACAGGUGUUCAAGUAGCCAAUACUCCCAAUUAUGUGUGGCACUACUCCCUUGGAUUAGUGUUCGGGGAUAAAAGGUUCAAUGGGUCCACACUACAAAUAUCUGGGACUUCCCAAAUAAAUGGUGAAUGGAGCAUUGUUGGAGGCACUGGAGAACUUAGUAUGGCAAAGGGUACUGUCACACGCACAGAAAUCACAAAUACGGGAAAUACAAGGAUUUCAGAACUCAAGAUACAUGCGUUUUACACUCCAAUGAACCGUACAAAUGUUUCCGGUACUACUGGUUGUAAAUUCGAGAAGGCGUGAGUUUUAUGCAGUCCUUUUGAUUGUUCUUGGUGCAAGCCACACAAGAUCUGCAAAGGAAAUAUAUAUCCGCACUUCAUCAGUUGUUAAUUUUUUUUCGUAAUAAUAAUCUCGAUUCUGUAUUCGGGAUUACAGACCAAAUUUGUUUGUUCAGUAUGACCUUGUACUUUGCUCUAUGAAUAAUUUGUACUCAUAUAAUCUAGUCUUAUUACUAUUAAAUUUUAUCACCGUGCCGCUAUUAUAGUGAUGUGUAUUCAUAAAAUUUAUUUUGUAUUAUGUCUGUCCGAGGGACCUUAACUCA